GCCUUAUAUCCACUAGCUAACACUAGCUACUGUAUUCUCCCAGUUAACGCAUAAGAAAGUAGGGAGCCGUGCCUCCUGCUGUUUUGAUUCCUGCACAGCUAGCUAACAUAGCACGGGGUUAGCUAACAUAAACAAAUAUCCACGUCUAGCCGAUGUUUUGUGUUAAGCGAGCAUAUUGGGAAACAACACGUGCCGUACGACGGCGUUUAACGAAAUUGCCAACAUUAGACAGAACUGCUGUGAACUGAGACUGACACAGACAGGCUGAUGACUCCCUGUAUCCAAUUUCUGACAUGGAAGCAGCACCUGAGCCAGAGUAAACCACUUCUACUGUACAUAUUACUUACACCGAUCUCAGACUUGAUGACAGGAGAUGAGACACUGCAGCCGUAGACCACAUCAUGAGUAUCCAGAGUCUGGGAGGAGCUAUCGGGGAAUCCCUGGGCUCUAGCCUGACGGUGCGUAUGAGCGGAGCAGGUGGUGGGUGGAGUGCUCUCUCCCUGAAACCUGUUUCCUCCGGGCGGAUUGCGUCUCUGUUCCACACCAUGGUCCCCACUGGUUAUACCAAGCUACAGGACGAGCGGCUAGCCAUGGUGGACCUUGGAGCAAAACCAGAGGCUGGAUUGCUCCAGAAUGGCUUCAGACAAGACACUACACACGUAGAGGGCCGACGGCUCCUGGACCGGGCCUCUCGGUCCUCUGUGACUCUAUCUGACUGUGGAGAUGGCGGCUUCUCUGAAACGGAGCCCAUGUUGGCUGAGAGGAGGCUGUCUGGUGAGGAGGCUGAUGCAGAGGAAGAAGAGGAUGAGGAGGAAGGACUGGUGUCUGAUGUGCAAAAUAUGCCCAAGGAGUCGCCGCUGGCCAUGGCGCUGCAAAUCCUGGUACCCUUUCUGCUUGCUGGAUUUGGAACUGUAUCAGCUGGAAUGGUGCUGGAUAUUGUGCAACACUGGGAGGCAUUUCAGUUCAUCACAGAGAUCUUCAUCCUGGUUCCUGCUCUGCUUGGCCUCAAGGGGAAUCUGGAGAUGACGCUGGCCUCGAGACUGUCCACAGCGGUGAACGUGGGCAAGAUGGAUUCGCCUAUAGAAAAGUGGAAUUUAAUCAUUGGCAACCUGGCACUGAAACAGGUUCAGGCCACUGUGGUGGGUUUCCUGGCUGCCGUUGCAGCAGUGGUUCUUGGUUGGAUCCCAGAGGGGAAGUUCCAGAUGAGCCACGCUGUGUUGCUGUGCUCCAGCAGUGUGGCCACAGCCUUCAUAGCCUCCCUGCUGCAGGGUAUCAUCAUGGUGGGUGUAAUUGUGGGUUCGAAGAAGACUGGAAUCAACCCUGACAACGUAGCCACACCCAUAGCCGCCAGUUUUGGUGACCUCAUUACAUUGGCAAUCCUGGCCUGGAUAAGCCAGGGCCUCUACAAGUGCCUGGGUUCCUACCCAUAUGUGUCGUCACUGGUUUGCGCCUUCUUCAUGUGUCUGACUCCUUUGUGGAUCGUCAUCUCCUCCAAGCACCCAGCCAGCCGCACCCUGCUCUACUCCGGAUGGGAGCCAGUCAUCACUGCCAUGGUCAUCAGCAGCAUUGGAGGGCUCAUCCUGGACAAAACAGUGUCUGACCCAAAUCUGGCUGGCAUCGUAGUGUACACCCCAGUUAUCAACGGAAUCGGGGGUAACCUGGUAGCUAUCCAGUCAAGCAGGAUCUCCACUCACUUGCAUUUCCACUGUGCUCCUGGAGAGGUUCCUACCGAGGCCAAAGGCUGCUACUACCCCUGCCGCACAUUCUGUGGUACAGGAGCCAACCAUCGCUCUGCUCAGGUGCUCCUUUUAUUGGUGAUUCCUGGUCACUUGAUCUUCCUCUACACUAUCCACCUGAUGAAGAGCGGACACACCACCCUGACCCCCAUCUUCAUGUCCGUCUACCUGGCUGCUGCUAUGCUGCAGGUGUUGCUGUUGUUGUGUAUAUCAGACUGGAUGGUGCACUCUAUGUGGCGUAGUGGUAAAGACCCGGACAGUUUUUCCAUUCCAUACCUGACAGCCCUUGGUGACCUGUUGGGCACCGCCCUGCUGGCGCUCAGCUUCCACUUCCUAUGGGUGAUAGGGGACCAGGACAGCGAUGUUGGAGACUGAGGGUACCUUUGAUAUAAUGGAGUCAGCAGUGAUGGGAACCCUGCUUUUUGCCAACCGACUUGUCACGCCCUUAAGCCUUGUGGGAAUAUGGAUGCUGUCUGUUGCUGUUCUCUGCUUCAUUUCAAUUCACUUAAACCACAUGAUCAUUUGAAAAAUUAUUUUCUGCUCGUUUUUUUUCUACUGACUAAAGACAUUAUAUUCCAUACAUUUAGACUGUUCUUGGUACAGAUUCUGAUCUGCAUAGUUUGCAACAAAGCACUUUCAUAUCAAAUUGCUUGUGAUGAAGAGCAUUAAAACACCAGCCACCGCACACAAUGCUAAGGAAGCCUUGCUGCUGCUGGCAACGUGGUCUACUCUACAGCCAGGCAUCAGUCGGAGGACUUCUACUUACAAAAGUAGCCUGGGAAAUGUUUUUGGGAUUUACCACCAACUUGUCACAAAAUUUGUUACCUGCAUUGUUUAUUACCGCUUUGUUUCAUUAAGUCAGUGGAGGGGCAUGGAGACUGCAGGGGUGGAGGCAAGAACAUUAGUCCACAAUCAAACUGUGACCACACACUUUGAGCUGCGGUGAUAACAGGUCUGUGGUACCAGCACUAGACCACCAGUGAAGAAGGAAGCAACAUGAAUUUGUGUUGAUGGUACAUGACCAUUGACUUUAUUUAGUUUGUGUGUCUACUUUUUUUUUGUUUUUCUGUUUUUGGUGUGUCCUGGUGUCAAAACUCAGUAUGUAAUCAUCUGUAUAGUCCAGUUAUAAUUUUACAGUUGUUGCUUUUUGAGUUAUUCCACAAUGUUCUCUGCAAGGACGAGGUCAGAACAGUCUUUCUGGCUGCAGUUAAGUAAGCAUGUAUGUCAACAUUCAGUCUUGAAAGAGUGCUUUUCUACUUUUACCAUAAUCACAAGAGCAAAAGUGUAAGGAAUAAAUUCAGAUGUGCUUCUCUUUGCUCUAUUGCAAGCUGCAGUUAUUAGCAUGAGUGGCUAACUAGCAUCCUGCAUACAGUACCAACCAAACACUAAUUCCAGCUUUCCAUUUAACAUUCUUUUAGGUUUCUUCAAUACUUUUUUGGGGUUCUACGGACAUUUAAAAACAAACAACUGUGUGGAAACAUUUUCUGGAUGCUGUCAAAGAUUGUGAGCUUUGUCCUGCUCUUUAACAGAUUUUGGGAAGGUUCCAGUCCAGAAACACCAGCAGUAUUACAGAACAUGCUUAUUACUAAUUCCAAACAGUUGGUCUCACAUUAUACUCACUACGCUGCAAUGCUAUAACAGUGCUGUUUCUCUAUUAAGUUCUACAUGUCAUCCACAUCGAUCAUUAACUAUAGUUAUUGAGGACAGAGCAUCUUUAGUCUCAAUCUCAGAAACUACAUUUGAAACCCAUCAGAUGGAAAAGCAAGCUAGAGAUGGCAUAUUUUUGCCCAUCUCAUGAAGCUUACGUUAGCUUACUUACCUGACAAGUGGCAGCACAACAACAAUUGUCAGUUAUCAGUCAGCAAAAUGUGCGGACGUGGGCUAGAAAAAAAUACUAUGAAUUUCUUAAGUAAAUCUGCCACAAUUAUCAUUUUAAACUACAUAUGGAUGUGUGAGAACAGAAGCUUGACAUGUGUAGCAACAGGAGCUAAGUUUAGCAAAUGGUUAUUUUUGCUUUGGAUCAACCAAUCAGCAGAGAUGUUAACUUUAUGUACAUCUUUUUCAGCCAUUCAUGUCUCAGCCUUAGCCUCCUGUUACAUUCUGUAAAUGUUAACUUCUCUGACACUCAUGUAAAACAUACCAUGGAAGCCUUUUGUGUAUUAUGUCAACCUGCAUUAAUUUCCUCUAUUUGUGUUGUCUGUUGUCCUUGGUAGGGGUCCAGUUGUGGUGGUUCCACAGUGGAUGUUUGCACGCUAAUCACAUGCUGUUUGCGGUGCAUGUAUGCAUAGUAUAAACAUGCGUGCACACAAUUAAUCAGCAGUUAUAAUUUUGGCAGGAUCUGAUUUCCUACUAUCAUUGUACCAAUAUCGUAAAUAGUGAAAACCUGAUUAGAUGCCAGACUUCUGCUUGAUUUGAUUCACUUUUUCAGAAUAUGCCAUGUGUCUAAAAGGUCAGAGAAUAAUGAUUCAGAUGAAGCACCUUGAUUAUUUAAUGAAUCCCUCUGACCGCAGGAGAAAUUAACAUCAGGAAAAUCAUCUCACCUAGAACUCAACUCCUAAAACCACGUGGGCUUCUUAACCGGAUCAUUCAGCAUCAUAUUGUGUGCAUGUGAACGUAGCCAGUGGCUCUCUUCAACUCCAAUAUGUGCCUCUUGAGAUUCACUGGAUAACAAGGUAUUGUUUGCUGUCAUGCCAUGAAUGCAGUUUACUUUCUACAGCAUUUUUAAUACUGUGUAAUGAAAAUUACUGUGUAAAUUACUUUUUGUAGUCACUUUCAGUUUCACGGUGACUAUUGAAAGAGUUUCAAGUUCCAAAAUGAGAUAUCUGCCAUUUUAAUCAUGGGCAAUGGACAAUUUACAGUUAUCAAAGUUGUCAGAUGUAGAGGGUGCCAUAAAUAUGGUUCAGCGUGGAUAGAUUUCUUUUUGGUAUGAAACCCUGUAUUUGCUUUUGCGGCUCACAUGGGCUGAAAAUGUCUAAAUAAAUGUCAUUCAAUUGAAAA